AUGGGCUUCUCCACCUUCGCCUAUGGCUUCUCCGGUCUUGGUCCAUCCAUGCCGGCCUUAGACUCCAUCCACCUUGACAGCCUGUUGCCUCCGCAGAGCCCUGCUUGCUUCGGCCCAUCGCUCCCAGCUUACGGAAUGGUCCGACCGGACCUCUUCUUGCCGCCUCUUGACCCUGCUGGAAUUGGCAGCUUCCUGUUCUUGCGGUCCUUCCUCUGUGCGGACCCAGCGACUUCCGUCUCCAAGUGCUUUCGCUUCGGCAGCACGACGUCAACUCUUGACUGCAUGAACUUGGGCCUCAUGCUGCUCCUUCGAGGCCCUGCCCGUCUUGGCCUAUCGGUUCCAGUCUUUGGCUUCACGUGCCUCGGACCACCUUUGCUGGUGCUGGAUCCUGUUCUCAUGGGCAGCAGCCCGUUGCUCCGAAGUCUUGCACGCUUGGGUUUCUUGAUGCCGGUCUAUGGAGUUUCUAGGCCAGGCUUCUCGAUCUCCGCGCCUGACUUUGUGCACAUGGGUUUGCUCUUACCACCGAGGUCACUCGCGCGCUCGGAGCUUCCCUUGCUGGCCUACGGCGUUACGCAGACAGGGCUACCCUUGCCAGUCCUGGACCUGGUGAACCUUGGCUUUCCGAUGCCCCUCCACUCUUUCAUCUGCAUGGGCUCCUCGAUGCUUGCCUUUGGGGUCGUGUGGCUCGACCUGUCUUCAUCAGUGCCUGACUCCUUGCAUUCAGGGCCGUCCCUUCUCUUGCGGGGCCCGACAUGCCCAGACUCGAGUUUGCUGCCUUAUGGCCUAUCGUGUCCUGAUCUGCUGCUGUCUGCACCAGACUUUGUGCACACGGACUUUUCGUUGCUGCCCCGGAGCUCCGCUUACUCAGACAGUCCCACGCUGCCAUACGGAAUGUUUUGUGCUGACCUCUUCCUUCCAAUUCUGGACCCCUGCACUUUUGGAAGCUCUUUAUUGCCCCGAGGCCAUGCGUGUCCGGGCUUCACGACCUUGCUUUAUGGCAUGACAUGGAUGGAAAGCCCAUUCUUUGUGCUGGACUCUCUGCAUCUGGGCUUGCCCUCAUCGCCAAGGGGCGUUGCGUGCCUUGGCAGUUCCCCGUUCGCUUAUGGAGUUUCCUGCUCGGGCUUACUCCUGCUAGUCCUUGACUUUGUGCAUACGGACCCAUCUCUGCCCACACACAGCCUCAGCUGCCUCGGGUCUUUGGCGCCAGUGUACGGAAUUUCGCGUCUGGGGCCAUCAGCUUCAGCUCUGGACUUUGUCCACAUGGGCUCUACGAUGCCUCUCCGUGGCCACAGUCGGUUGGGGCCCGUUUUGCCUGCCUCUGGCAUCACACGAACCGACGAGCCGCCCUUGGUCUUGGACUUUUGCCACUCGGGGCUCCUGCCGCUCUUGCACGGGCACUUCUGGAUCGGACCUCCUCCGCCGCUCUACGGCAUGUCGCGCUCGGGCCUGCCUUUGCUGAUCCUGGACUUCUUGCACCCAGGCCUCAUUUUGUCUCUGCAGACUCUUGGCUGGUCAGACAGCUUGACGUCAUCAUCUGGAGUGGCUUGA